AUGGCAAAGACGAGUUGUGAAAUAAUCCUCUGUUUCUUCUUCUUCAUUUUAAGCUUCAGGGUCAUUUCUGUUUCUGCACAACAAACUUGUGACAACACUGCUGGUAGUUUCAAACCCAAUAGUACUUAUGACAACAACCGUCGUCUCCUCCUCUCUACCUUCGCCUCUAACGUCACGGCUCAGAACGGCUACUUCAAUGGUUCGUUCGGGCUUGGUACAGACAGAGUCUACGCCAUGGGGAUGUGCGCUCCAGGUGCUGAACCUGAUGUUUGCUCCAACUGUAUUAAGAACACAGCAGAGGGUUUACUACAGAUCUGUCUAAACCAGACGGACGGUUUCUCAUGGUCUGGUGAAGAAACCCUUUGCCUUGUUCGUUACUCUAACAAAUCCUUCUCCGGGCUACUUGGCUUGGAGCCGUCUAAUGAUUUCUUCAAUGUAAACGAAAUAAGAAAAGAAGACCAGAAGGAAUUUGAUAGUGUGUUUGAUGAGUUAAUGUUUCGUACAAUCCAAGGAGCAUCUUCAUCGGUGAGAAACAAUUCUAAUUCGUUAUCAUUGUCUGGUAAAUAUUAUGCAAAGGAUGUAGCUCCUGAACCGGUUUACGGGAACAUAUCGGUGGUGAUGCAAUGCACUCCAGAUGUUUCUUCAAAGGAUUGUAAUCUUUGUCUUGAGAGAAGUCUUGAUUUCUAUAAGAAAUGGUACAAUGGGAAGAGAGGCACCAUUAUAUUGCGGCCAAGUUGCUUUUUCCGGUGGGAAUUGUAUACUUUCUUUGGUGCUUUUGAUAGUAUUAAUGCUAGACACCCACCGCCUCCUCCACGCCCGCUUUCACCGCCCCCUUUAAAGACGCCUUCUGUAACCAACCAAACCAAUAUUACCAAGAAGAAUGAUAGUAGAAUCUCAGGAGGAACUAUCGCGGCGAUAGUCGUUGUAGUUGUUGUUACAAUAAUAUUGAUUGUUGUAGGCUUGGUUAUAUGCAAGAGAAGAAAGCAAAAGCAAGAAAUUGAACUUCCAACGGAAUCUGUUCAGUUUGAUUUAAAGACAAUUGAAGCAGCAACGGGCAACUUUUCUGAGCAUAACAAGCUUGGUGCAGGUGGAUUUGGUGAAGUUUACAAGGGUAUGCUUUUGAAUGGGACUGAAAUUGCGGUAAAAAGAUUGUCAAAAACAUCAGGACAAGGUGAAAUAGAGUUCAAGAACGAGGUGGUUGUUGUUGCAAAGCUUCAACACAUAAAUCUUGUUAGACUUCUCGGGUUUUCGCUCCAAGGAGAAGAGAAGUUACUCGUCUAUGAAUUUGUUCCAAACAAAAGUCUCGAUUAUUUCCUUUUUGACCCUAACAAGAGAAAUCAGUUGGACUGGACAGUGAGACGCAACAUCAUCGGUGGGAUUACUCGAGGAAUUCUAUAUCUUCAUCAAGAUUCACGGCUCAAAAUCAUACAUCGUGACCUCAAAGCGAGUAACAUUCUCUUAGAUGCGGAUAUGAACCCGAAAAUUGCUGAUUUCGGAAUGGCAAGGAUCUUUGGAGUGGACCAAACUGUAGCCAAUACCGCAAGAGUAGUUGGAACCUUUGGUUACAUGUCUCCUGAGUAUGUGACACAUGGCCAAUUCUCAAUGAAAUCAGACGUCUAUAGUUUUGGAGUAUUGAUUCUUGAGAUCAUUAGUGGCAAAAAGAAUAGCAGCUUCUAUCAGAUGGAUGGCUUAGUUAACAAUUUAGUCACAUAUGUCUGGAAACUUUGGGAGAACAAAACAAUGCAUGAGCUCAUAGAUCCCUUUAUUAAAGAAGAUUGUAAAAGCGAUGAAGUCAUUAGAUACGUUCAUAUUGGGCUGUUAUGUGUUCAAGAAAAUCCUGCAGAUCGACCAACAAUGUCUACGAUUCACCAAGUGCUCACAACCAGCUCAAUUACUCUACCUGUGCCUCAGCCACCUGGAUUUUUCUUCAGGAACGGACCAGGAUCGAACCCAUCAAGCCAGGGAAUGGUGCCUGGUCAAUCGAGCAGCAAGUCUUUUACUAGUUCUGUAGAUGAAGCAACAAUCACCCAACGGAGGAGAAAAUCGUACCGAGAAAUUGAUAUUCAAUAUAGUCCCCACUUGUCGUCAAACAAUCUUAUGCUCACUAGCAAUAUCCUGAAUUUACACGUUCCUCAACCAUCAAGAACAGAUGGCCUCGACUUCUCUAUUUCAUCUGCACAAAAAUGCGGAAAAACUGGUUUAUUUAAACCCAACGAUAAGUAUGAUAUAAACCGUCACCUCCUCCUUUCUUCUCUAGCUUCUAAUGUCUCAGCUCGAGGCGGCUUCUACAAUGCUUCGAUUGGACAAGGACCUGAUCGGUUGUAUGCUUCUGGGACGUGUAUCCAAGGUUCUGAACCAGAGCUUUGCUCAGCUUGUAUCGACUCUGCUUUUAUUAGGGUGAUAAAGAAAUGUCACAACCAAACAGAAGCCCUCGACUGGUCCUCCUUUAACGAGGAGUAUCCUUAUUUCCAAGUCAACUUGACAGAGUUUUAUCAAAAAUGGGAGGCUUUGAUGCUUGGUGUGAUAGCUGAUGCUAUCUCGUCGCCAAACCCAAAAUUCUAUGGUGCCGGCACUGGAAAAAUUGGGAUUCAAACCGUUUACGCUUUCGUGCUAUGCAGUAAGGAUAUAUCUCCAUGGAACUGUUCCAGAUGUUUAAGAGGGAAUGUGGAUAACUAUAAGUUGUCCUGCAGUGGGAAACCUCGUGGCCAUAGUUUCAGCCCGAGCUGUUAUAUGCGAUGGGAUCUCUAUCAAUUCUAUGGAUUUAUUGAGUAUAGGGCUUCUCCCACGCUUCCUCGUGAAAAAGAUGGCGGAAAGAUUUCUACAAGAAAUAUCCUCGGAAUCACUGUUGCUCUUGCCUUUUUUAUCACGGUACUGCUUGUUCUAGGGUAUGCUCUUUCUAGGAGGAGAAAAGCCUACCAAGAGUUUGCAACUGAAAGGAGGUCAAUGACCACUUAUGGUACUGCACCGCCAGAUGAUGGUAAGAGACUAUACAGCUAUUUGCAUUAA